CCUGGCAGGUCGAGUCGAGUGUGGCGGGGCUGCUGGGCUCACUUCUUUGCACACUGAAUGAGUGACGUGUCCCACAACAACAAGUCAGUGCCCCCCCCCCCCCUUGUUGGCUCUGUCACCUACGAACACAAUAUCAUAUCUGUCGUUUCUCUUCCUCCUCAACCCGCUGCUUGUAAUUCUGCUUUUACAACAGCGAACACCGUAGGCGUAGCUGUGCGACGCAUUUACACUGUGUGCGUAAUCAUUCAUUUCAUCAAACAAGGGGAGGAGCACAGUGAUCGGCGACACAACUGCUGCACGUCCGACGUCGUCAGAACUGACGAGAAAAUAACACAGGGAGAACGCGAAGGUGCCACCCCGUCCCUGGCUGAGCUGGCGUUAGAUGAGGAGUCAAGGUUGUGGUGUCAACACGCACCUACGCCGACUUCACUGCUCAAGCUUCCUUUGACAUUAAGAAGUGUGACCUGCACCGCCUGGAAGAAGGCCCUCCCCAGCAGGCGCUGCUGACCAGAGAGGAGGGCCUGAAGUACUACCGUAUAAUGCAGACUGUGAGACGCAUGGAGCUGAAAGCAGAUCAGCUCUAUAAGCAGAAAAUCAUCCGGGGCUUCUGCCACCUGUAUGAUGGCCAGGAAGCAUGUGCCAUGGGGAUUGAGGCAGGCAUCAAUCCCACAGACCACCUGAUCACAGCAUAUCGGGCCCAUGGCUACACCUUUACCAGGGGUGUGCCUGUCAAAGAGAUCUUGGCUGAACUCACAGGGAGGAGGGGUGGUGUGGCAAAGGGAAAGGGUGGCUCCAUGCACAUGUAUGCCAAGAACUUCUACGGCGGCAAUGGUAUUGUUGGGGCACAGGUUCCACUGGGAGCAGGUGUGGCUCUGGCUUGCCAGUACCUUGGAAAUAAUGAGAUCUGUGUCACGCUAUAUGGAGAUGGAGCUGCCAAUCAGGGCCAGAUCUUUGAGUCUUUCAACAUGGCAUCUCUGUGGAAACUGCCCUGCAUCUUCAUUUGUGAGAACAACAAGUAUGGCAUGGGCACGUCAGUGGAACGCGCUUCCGCCAGCACAGACUACUACAAGAGGGGGGAUUUCAUUCCUGGUCUCAGGGUGGAUGGCAUGGAUGUCUUGUGUGUGAGGGAAGCCACAAAGUUUGCUGCGGACUUCUGCCGAGCUGGCAAGGGACCCAUUCUAAUGGAACUACAAACCUACCGUUACCAUGGACACAGCAUGAGUGAUCCUGGGGUCAGCUACCGGACCCGUGAGGAGAUCCAGGAGGUUCGUAGCAAGAGUGACCCCAUCUCAAUGCUGAAGGAGCGCAUGCUGAGCACCAGCAUGGCCAGUGUGGAGGAGCUUAAGGAGAUUGAUGUGGAGGUGCGGAAGGAGAUCGAGGAUGCGGCGCAGUUCGCCACCACAGACCCAGAACCACCCCUGGAGGAGCUCUGCAACCACAUUUUCCAUAAUGACUCUCCCCUGGAGGUCCGUGGCACCAACCCCUGGAGCAAGCUUAAGUCUGUCAGCUAGACUUGGAAAGUCAGCAGUAAGACCCCUCAUAUUCACCAGGUAGAAUUCGACGUUUCUGAGCCCCCGCACUUCUCAGCAGCUGUGAGGUGGUAGAUGUUAAUGUCGCUGUGCUCAAAUCCUGCUCUCAAGAUGGUGAGCACCCCCUCUCCUGACAGUAGUAGCUGUUUACCUCGCAGCAAUUUGUUAGAUGGGUCCUGAACCUCAGUCUCCUUCAGUAACGUCCCAGUGUUCCCUGCUCUGAAUCUGAUUCAAGACACUCCCCAGAAAGGGGGAAUAUUUUGUGAAAACCAGAUGAACAAAUUUUGCUUGUCCACCGUGUUUGUGUUUAUUACCCGUUUUAGGCACAGUGUAUUGUAGCUUAUAUCUGUUUUCUGCACCUGUUUCACAUGCACUGCAAGAGAGGUGAGAUACUGAGACCAGUGUUGUCAUGUGACCGGAAGUGAGUCUUUUUACAGUCUCUAUGGCAUGUCAGAUUGUUUCACUUUGUCAUUACGCACACAUUUCAGCUGUGGCUGAAAGUCGCUCGCAAAAGUCGCGUAUCGUACGCACAUCCUGAUAGGCAUUAAAGGGAAGAGUGCUGGUGGAUGUGCGUUUCAAUACUGGUGUCCUGCAUGGUCACGUUUGGCAAUACAAGUGUUCAGUGUAAAAAAGGCGGUUGUCUUAACCUGUGUCACUGAGAAUUUCCCUUAGUCUGUCCAGCACACUUUUGCUGGGAUGGUCAAUGUUUUAGGCCACUUUGAGCACUCUGGAGCAGUAAGGCAGCGUAGACCCUGGUGUCUUUCUCCACAUCACGUAAUGGAUGUAAUAAAGACCUUCAGACA